GCUUCGUGGCUCAUUGAAUUGAUUAGCUAACGUUUAUUUGUCGAUAGCGUUAAACUGCAAAAGGGGAAAAUGUCGUGUUUAUUGGCCGCGCUUGUGGCUGCAGCGCUCUUCAGUUCGGGGGCUUUGGGGAAAACUCUAACGGGACUUUUUAAGAGCGAAGUGGCGAGACAGCAGAAUGGCCAGUUCAUCACUAAAUUCAUGUACCAAGGCGAUAAUGGUUUGUUGGUGUGCCGGCUGGACAACUCUGCCCUGGCUAUAGAGAAGGAGUCCAGACUGCUGCUGUAUCAGGAUAUGGACUCAGACCUGGACAACCUCAGCUGCACUGAGAGGCUUGCCAGAGCCCACUUCACCAUUUCUCUCAAUCAAGAGGAACACAACCAGACGAUCCCUCGCCAGUCCUCCCCUACACCCUGGCAGGCCCUGUAUGCUGACAGAUAUACAUGUCAGGAAAGUGCAGCGAUUCCUUCUCAUGCUGAUCUCACUUUUACCGUCUUGCUGUUCAACGCCGACUCAGCUGGGAAUCCUCUGGAGCACUUCAGUGCCGAGGAGGCAGGUCAGACAUCCCGAAUACUCCCAUCCCCACAGCGGAUUAGGCUGUCAGUGUAA